GGUUUUGAUGACACACAUGGCGACCUGUACUUGACUAGACACGAUCAUAUCUGCUAUCGUUAUGAAAUUCUUUCUUUGCUUGGAAAAGGCUCGUUUGGCCAGGUGAUCAAGUGCUAUGACCACAAGACAAAAACAAAUGUUGCUCUUAAGAUUAUUCGUAACAAGAAGCGAUUUGAAAAACAAGGCGCUAUUGAAGUCAAGGUUCUUGAGCGAAUUCGUCAAGAAGAUCCAGAAAACAACCUUUCUCUCAUUCAUAUUUUUGAGCAUUUUUACUUUCGUGGUCAUCUUUGUUUAACAUUUGAGCUCCUUGGAACCAAUCUGUACGAAUGGCUUAAAGCCGGAUCAUUUAAAGGAGUGCAUCUUGGUGUUAUUCACGGAUUUGCCAAGCAAAUAUUAAACUGUCUAAAUGCUCUUGUCAAUGUCAAAAUUGUCCACUGUGAUCUCAAACCUGAAAACAUUUUAUUGAGGGAUGGUUUUGAUUCAUUGCAUCCUAAAUAUAACAUCAAAGUGAUUGAUUUUGGCAGCAGUUGCUUUGAGAAUGAGCGCCUUUAUACCUAUGUUCAAUCUCGUUUCUACCGCAGUCCCGAAGUUAUUCUUGGAAUCCCGUAUCACAUGUCCAUUGAUAUGUGGUCGAUGGGUUGCAUUCUUGCCGAACUUUAUACCGGAUAUCCGCUUUUUCCAGGUGAAAACGAGCAAGAGCAACUUGCUUGCAUUAUGGAAAUUAAAGGAGUUCCUCCUCUGAGCGUUUUAUCUCAAGGCACCCGAACCAAAGUGUUUUUUGAUUCCCGAAACCAACCUAUACUCGUACCCAAUUCAAAGGGGAAAAAACGUAAACCAUCUACCAAGACACUUUCAUCUGUGCUUAAAUGCACCGAUAUGGCGUUUCUUGAUUUUCUUGACCAGUGUUUAAGCUGGGAUGCCAGCACUCGCAUAAAACCUCACGAGGCCAUUAAUCAUCCUUUUAUC